AUGCUAUUGAUCUUAGCGUUUUUCCUUGCUUUCUUUAGAGUAUCCCAUGAUGAUAGUGGCUUAGUUCCCAACACACCAGCAGUUUCAAAGCCAGUUAAUCAAACAGCUGUAGACGAAGCAAAAAUGGAAGCAACUUUAACACUCUUAGCUCUUUUCAUAGUCGUUGGUGCUGUAAUAAUAGUACUUGUAAGAAGAACCUUUAAUCCACUCAACGUUUAA